CGUUUUCAGUUUGUUGCGGAUUAAAUCGUCGGUACUAAGCGUAGCUGCGCGACAUCUGACCAUGGCGCGACUUGCGGCCGGCUUACUUGUAGCUGCAAUAGCGGUGCUGUUAGUAGGCGAAACCGCUGGGCUAGAAAAAGUUGGAAAAAAUUUGAAAUUUUUGAUUGCGAUUUUUCGCCAUGGAUAUCGAGCAACCGCAUAUACAUAUAAGAACGAUCCCCACGGAGAAUCGGUUUGGCCAUCCGGAUUCAGCAGCUUGACCCCUCGCGGCGUUCAGCAGCAUUACAAGCUGGGAAGCUACCUUCGUCAGCGGUACGAUGGAUACAUCAACCCAAAGCGUGCCGUUAAAGAGAUUUAUGUCAGAGCUACCAACUAUGACCGCACAAUUCAGAGCGCCAUGGCCAACAUGGCUGGCUGGUUUCCGCCAGCUGCCACCGAUGUCUGGGCCAAUACCGCAUUAGGAAAACUGUGGCGACCUUUCCCGGUGCGACUGGCGGAUGACCCCACUUUGCUGGGCGAAACUGACUGCGAACGCAUUGAUGACAAAGCGUACCGCGGACGGCCGGAUCUACAGAAAAUUUUCGACACCAUUGAGUUUGAACAUAAAGAGUUUUUAGAUCACGUUCGACGUCAAAGCGGAGAACCUAACAUGCGCGUACAGAAAGGCUUGGAAGAAGUGUCUGAUGUUCUGCGUUGCCAAAAAUACAACGGUGUGAAACUUCCAGAAUGGGUUACAGAUGAGGUCUACGAUAAGAUCCAAUAUCUAGACAACCUUCGAUUCCAUGUUUGGGUCGGUGGGAAUGGAGAUGUUCAGCGAGCGCGCGUUAACGCAGGAAAACUUCUACGACACUUUAUUACGAGUUUCCGGAAUAAAAUUAACAAUGUCACCAAAGUAAUGAAAGAAUACAAAGCCUACGCCUACGCAUCGCAUGACAAUUCGAUCGGAGGUUUGUUAUCUUGCUUGGAUUUAUAUGAUUAUGACCUCAGAAAUCCCGUAGCCCAUAUCCCGCUCUAUGCCAAUAUGCUGCUUUUUGAGCUCUACAAUGACAACACCGUGAGAAUUCUUCAUAAAAACGACACAACUGAAGAUGAUUUCACCAGCAAAGAUCCCAUCGUCCUGAAGCAUCCAGAAUGCGAUGUUUACUGCCCACUGGACAAACUUGACCAGCUUACAAGGGAAUAUCAACCGGACAGCGAUGAUGUAUGGAAAGGAGAAUGUGAAAAUCAUUCCCGGCAAAGGUUUAGGGUGAAGCGACCAAUCCACUUUCCGCCGCCUCCACUCAAAACCAAACCCUUCGAGACUCCAAAGGGACCCUAUCAACAAGGGUAAUUUUUCGUUUUUUAUGGAUCAACUUUAUUAAUGAAGCCGCCAUAUUUGAUACUUUUUUUGGAUGCAGUUAAAUUAAAUGUUUCUCGGUGGUUGUGA